AUGGUAGCUGAUCUUGAUUAUACUCGUUUUUUAAGUGAAUCAGCUUUACGUCGACAGCCAAAUGCAAUUCGUGAAGCUGAUGCUUCUGCAAUGACUGAAGCAUUGCAAUAUUCACCUACACCUGGGCAAGCAGAUUUAUUAGGAUGGUUAAAAAAGCUACAAAUUCGUUAUCAUUCUCCAAUAGACUUUAAUCGAUAUGACUUAUGUAUAACGAAUGGUUCCAGUGAAGGAGUAGCCAAAGUUUUUGAACUUAUUCUUAAUCCGGGAGAUGCAAUUUUAAUUGAUUCACCUUGCUAUCCAGGAUCUUUAGACUUCCUUCUUGCAUAUGGUGCUGAUAUUAUUUCCAUAGAGACAGAUUCAAAUGGUAUGAGUGCUGAACAUUUAAAUGAAACUCUUUCAAAUUGGCCAAAUUCAAAAGGUUUACCUAAAACUCUUUAUACGAUUUCAACUGGUUCUAAUCCUACGGGAGCAUCCAUGAGUUUAGAACGCAAAAUAAAUAUUUAUGAUAUUGCUAGAAAAUAUAAUCUAUUAAUUAUUGAAGAUGAUCCUUAUUAUUUUCUUCAAUUUACGAAACCAGAACCAUCGUUCUUAUCAAUUGAUACUGAUGGACGUGUUAUCAGACUUGAUUCUAUGUCGAAAGUUUUAUCACCUGGAAUUAUGAAAUUUUAUGAAAAUCGAAAAAUGCUAAUGAUCGAUGCUAUUAAUAAAUAUUUGAAAGAUAUGGUAGCAUUUCAUGAACCAAAAGCAGGAAUGUUUAUAUGGUUAAAAAUCUAUGGUGUCGAAGAUACCAGAAAAUUGAUUUAUGAAAAAGCUCUUGGCAAAGAAGUAUUACUUUUACCGGGUAGUGUAUUUUUCGUUGAUAAAUCAAAAAAUUAUCCGUACGUUCGAGUUUCUUAUUCGCUUUGUGCACUGGAACAAAUUGAAAUAGGCAUGGAACGUUUCAGUAAAGUUCUUCAAGAAGAAUUAAUUCGUUUAUAA